CAAUUAAAGUUGCAUUUACAUUUGAAAAGUAGAUAAUUAUUAAGAACAAAAUCAAAAAGCGUACACGCAACACCAUUAACGGUACAAAACAAAAAUAUUAUAUGUCAUUUACAUAAUCGAUUUAAAUUGAAUAUAGAACACGCUUAACCUAACAAGCGAGCUAAUCAUUGUGCGCGCACCUUUAAACUUUUACUCGCGAACUUUCAGUGCAGCUUCCUUCCGGACAGCCUUGCGCGCGCGCUCCGCCAGUCCGCGCCCGUUCGUCGGAGCGACUAUACGUGUUCGUUCCUCGCGAGUGACGCCACGCGCCGUGCAUGUGCUCUAGUGACCCUUAGUGCCCUGAAGUGGAGACUCGCAGUGCAACCGCUGGGCCGAUCGGCCCUGGCGGUAUGGAAUCCCCUCAAAUGUACGACGCAACCGCGGCUCCUCAACCGCCGCCGCAGCCCGACCUGAAGAAAACAGGAGAAGACAAGCGAACCCCUUUCCCGCCCCCGGACUUAGACGAGCUCAAUGGCCAGGAAAUCAGCUUGGAUUUACAACACCUCAUCGAGGACCAGUUUCGAGGGGAGGAGACGAUGGCAUUAUUUCAGGAAAUAUUGCCUGGUGGACGCUCCCCACAACAGAGACCGUUUGCAAGAACUACCCUCGCGUAUAUGCCUCAGCCAGUUCAUUCAGGAGCAUCGUACGUAGCACCCGUUCAAGCAAAUUCUCAUGAGCAAGCUCCUCCUAUUAAGGAAGAGCCUCCUGAACCACACGAUUUUCGACGAGCAGUGACAUGUGCGCAAUAUACAGGUCAAUAUAAUGCGCAUCCACCAGUGGGUGUAAGUGGUCCCUACGGGGGUGGAUUUACUCCCUUGCCUCCACUAGGUGCUCCUCUAUUACCUCCACUCUUAAAACACAAACAGCCGCCAUCAAGGCGAUCUUCUGGAAAGGCAAUAGACAAAGGAACAGAUGAAUACAGAAGGAGGCGGGAACGCAAUAACAUAGCCGUUCGAAAAUCGCGCGAAAAGGCUAAAGUACGCUCGAGGGAAGUUGAGGAAAAAGUGAAAACUUUGAUAAGGGAGAAAGAGGCUUUGUUGAAGAGGCUCGAAGCUGUAACUGGGGAGUUGAGUUUACACAAACAGAUGUAUGUGCAUCUUAUUAAUUUGAAUCAUCCGGAGAUUACGGAGUUGUGCCGGUCAAUGUUGCAACUGGGAGCUCCUCAUGGGCCGGAUCAUUCGCUCUGACCGUAGGUCAGAGCAGAAUUGAAUUAUUAAUAAAAAGGACUCCGUGUGAUAUCAUGCAUUAAGACUUAAAAUAAGUGACGCCUCUUCAAAACUAAGCUUAGGUAGCAAAAUUAUUACUUUGUGAUUUUUACAGUUUACUUACUUUUAUAUACAUAUACAUGGAUAGUGGAGCCUUUUAUUCUUUAGUUUGUAUUGGCAGAUAAAACGAAAAUCGUCUACAAAGUUGUGAUCUCAAAUACGGUAGCCUUUUUUUCAAAAAUCUGUUCAAUCAUAAGAUAACACACAGCCACGAAAACAAAAGUCUAAUUAAUCAGCGACCGGUGUUCCGAUCAAAAAACAAAAACUCUUUUUUAUUACGCUAAUAUGAAAGGUAUUAAUGAAAUGUUCGUAAUUUCGUAUUUAGAUUUCAUAGUAAUUGUUUUCUGGUUAAUUAAUGACUGUUUUCAACAAAUGUUAUUAUUUUUGAAUAUUAAAUACUACCUAGGCCAUAGUGAUAAACCAGCACUGCCAUGAGAAGUCUCGAAAAUAUUUAAUUUUUUUAGUUAAAUAGUUUUAAUCUGUCGUUACAAUCAUGAACUCAGUUGAAGUAUAAUGAUUUUUUCUAUUUAAAUAAUAUUUAUGUAUAUGAAUAGGUGUCGCUAGAUCCGCUCAAAUUCUAUAAAACAAAGGCUAAGUGUUUAAUUUAUAUAGAAAUUAUGAAAAUUACAGAAAAAACCUACUGAAACUAUUACCUUCAUAACAAAGUUCUUUUACAUUAUCAACUUACCUAGAAGCGUCUUUUAUUGUAAAAUAUAGAAUAAUUAGUUUAUUAAUGUAAUUAAUUUGUAAAUUGGUUGUA